GCCAGAAUCACGCAGGCAGAUGGGCCAAAGUUACCGUUGGCGCCCAAAGAUGAGGGAGGGAGAGGGGGAAAGGAAGUGCGUUUGAAUAGCGCCGGCGCUCUAUUUUCUGACGUCGCUCUCUAUCUCUUCGUCUCGCCCUCUCCUCAGUCUGUGCAAUUGCUGAAGUGGGAGGACGUUCAUCGAGAUCAUCGUCUCUCUUCAAGACAGCAACUUUUGCUGAUUUAGAGUCGGUGAAUCUCAUCCUGUUUCCGGGGGUCGGCCGAUUCGUGGAUUUGAACAGCUGAGCGGAAGAGCGACAAAAGGGCAUGAAGAUGGUGAUGGAUGUUAAUUUGAGCGGCAAGCUCUUGAAUUUCGGAACGCUGGAUUGGCAUAACAGAGUUAGGUUGUGGUUUCGAUUCUUCUGCCAUACUCGUCUGAGAUCCUUGAAGACCAAAAGCUUACGGUACCUCACCAACAAACGUGAGUCCGAUCGUGAUGUAGAGAUGAAGGAGAUGGCUUGAGGGUUCCGUUUAGGACCUUGACCUUCUUAGUGGCAGACGGGCCUCGUGUUGGGGCAGGUUGCAUUGCUGAGCUGUCGAACUUCUCUCGUCAGGACGACAUGAAUUUCAUGGAGUUGAAGAUGCUUAUCGAUCUGGCCUUGAGCGGGAAGCUCCUGAGUCCAGGAACCCUGUAUUGGAGGAAUAGAGUCAGGCUGUGGUUUAGGUACUUCUGCGCAACACGUCUGCAGCAUUUGAAGUUCAAGUCUGUGCAGUAUCGCAAGGACGAAGUUGAAAUCAGUCCAAGUUGCGGCAUGAAGAAGAUCCCCUGGGAGUUUCGAACAAAAUUCUGCUGCUUGUUGAGAAACCUGGAAGAGGCUUGAGACCGACCGACCGACCGAUCGUUCUAGGCACGCAGACGGGGAUGAGAUCCCCCACAGGGUCGCCCCUCAAGUCUCGAUGAGAUCAGCUGACGCCCAGAGAUAUCCUAAAUCCCAACACGCACGCAUCAUUUUUGUUCUGUCAUGCGAAUGAGUUCCUCUCACUCCUAGAACAUGUUUUAGGCUCACGGGUAGAGUAGUCGACGGCGGAGUGUCGUCAUUCGUUUGUAGACUCGCCAUUUAGAAGUUGUCAUCCAUAGCUUGUAAGUAAUCAUUUGUACUGCAUCUCGGGUUCAAUAUUUAUAUCAGCCAGCCACGUUCCAGGGAGGUUGAAUUGAGGAUCUCUACCACAAGGGAAAGAGAUAGGACCAGCGAAGCAUUUCCUGGUAGCAGACCCUGUCGACCUGCUUCUACACAUCGUCCGUGGUCGACAUUAUACUGUCUAACUAUUGAUUAGAUCCAUUCCCUUGUUCAUUGUUGAGGAGCCGUUCACAUUGAGCUGGCCUUUAAACAUCUUUAUCGUAUAUUAUAGAUAGCUUCGCCAUUAGCUAGAAUUUGUGAGAACAUUUGUUGUGUCGUGAUUGAGCAAGCUAAAAUGUGGAAGGUGAAGUUUAUUCGUCUAUGUAUAAAAAUAUGUGACUUCCC